CUAAUCAAAAUGAGUGCCCCAUUUUACAGUUUUGACCCAUGCGUAUGCUCAGGUCGGCCGUGUGGGGCUUGUUACCCGUAUUCAACGAAACCCUGUGUGGCGUCGUGCAACGAUUUGUCUCCUUGCUCCACGUGUCCUGGUGGCGGUUGUUCGCCUUGCCCCGCACCCGUACGCCCCUGCCCAACACCCUGCCCGCCACCUCCAGUUCUUCCCUGCAUACAGCCUUGCCCUCCUUGCGACAAGGGUCGAAUUCCUACGGGAUGUGAUUUCUACCGAGAAUCUAUAGCAAUUCCGUGCUGUCGCCCGAACCGAUGCAAACCUUGUCCUUGCUACUGUUGCACAGAACCGGCAGUGUGCACGCCUAAGCGAUGCAGCUUUCCGGGAACGCCUGUCUGCACGAACUGCUGCGGCCCAUGCAUGCCCUUGUGGUAGCAUUGUGGAGUCUACAAACAUUUUAAAUCAUAAAUUAAUGAACUUAAGUGCAAUUCUGUCCUAAAUAAGAGCGGAGUCACUCAUAAAAAAUAAGUGAAAUCUAUAAUUGUACUUCGCGUGUUGUCCGUCGGCGUCUUUAAGAUAGGCUGUUAUAAGUUGAGAAAACGUCUUUGUACUGAAUUAAAAAA